AUGACAUCGUCAAUGUUGACAAGUCAAGAUAUGUUAUUGUCAUGUACCUAUUGUCAAACUAUGACAUGUAUUUGUUCUUCAAUAGAAAAGAUGUUAAAUUGUUCAUCUUAUUUACUAAAUUUAUCAUUUUCUUCAAAUUGUGUAAACAAUAUGAUAAUAUGGGAAACAGUUGAUUUUUCAUCACGUAAUUUUGAAUCAUUUGAUUCAACAAAACUUUUAUCAUUACGUAUGUAUCGUUUAUUAUUAAAAUUCAAUUUAAUUACAACUAUUCAUGAAAAUACAUUUGAUUCAAUUGGUGAUAUUCUUAUUGAACUUGAUUUACAAAUGAAUCAAUUAUCACAUAUAUCAUCAAAAUGGUUUAAUUCAAAAUUAAAUAAAUUAAAAAUAUUAAAUUUAGCAUCGAAUCAACUAGAAUCAUUCAUAGAUCUCGAUCAUAUUCAUUUACCUUGUUUACAAAAAUUAAAUUUAUCAUGGAAUCAAAUUGAAAUAUUUCCAUAUCAAAUUCAUCAAUGGAAAUCAUUAAUUAAACUUGAUUUAUCAUUUAAUAAAUUAUCAAGUAUACCAAGAUAUGCUCUAAUGGGUCUUCAUAAUUUAACAUGGUUAUCAUUAGCAUCAAAUCGAAAUUUAACUUACCGUCUAAAAAUGGGGCAAAAUACAUACGAUCUAAAUCAUCACCAAGUACAUCCUGAUGAUACAAUUGAAUCAACUCAUAAUAUUCCAAAACAAACUACAACUGAUGAAACGACUGCGUCAUCUUCGUGUUGUUCUCAUCUGAGAGAAAUUAUAAAAAAAAAAGAUCGUGAACAUGAAGGAAAGAAAGGACCAGCAGAACUUGUCGGUUUUCUUAGUCUUUUCCGUUUUGCAACUCAAAGAGAAGUUUUUUAUAUGAUUAUUGGCACCAUUGCUGCUUUGGCUCAUGGUGCUGCAUUUCCUCUCAUGUUGCUUGUAUUCGGAAAUUUAACCGAUAUAUUUACUGGUCGAACAUUUGACCUAUGUACCGAAAAUUUCACAAAGUAUUAUGAGUUUUGUCCACCAGGUGUUGAACUGAAUUCUGACAAUUUUUUUAAUGAAAUUACGAAAUGUAAUUUAUCAGCAGCAAACAUGACGCAAAAUAUGAACUUUUUAGGAAAGAUCCGUGAACAAUCUAUAUGGCUUACCAUUAUGGGAUGUGGAACAAUUGUAGUAGGAUAUUUUCAAGUUUCUUUUUGGUCUAUUGCAUGUGAACGUCAAACACGUCGCCUUCGUGAAACACUUUUGCGAUCAAUACUUAGUAAAGAAAUAGCUUAUUUUGAUACACAUAAAACAGGUCAACUUAGUACAAGACUGACAGAAGAUGUUAAUAAAGUACAUGAUGGUACAGGUGAUAAAGUUGGCUCAGCAUUACAAUUUGUUGCUGCUUUUUUUACUGGUCUUAUACUUGGAUUUAUACGAGGAUGGAAAUUAACAUUUGUUAUACUUUCUGUUAGUCCGUUACUUUUUAUUAGUGCUUAUAUUUUGACAACAGUAACAGCAACAAUGACAUCACAAGAAUUGAAAUCAUAUGCAAAAGCUGGAGCUAUUGCUGAAGAGGUUUUCAGUAGUAUACGAACUGUUUUUGCAUAUAAUGGAGCAGCUUAUGAAUCAAGCAGAUAUGAAAAACAUUUAAGCUCAGCAAGAAUAAGUGGUAUUCGUAAAGGCGGAUUAAAUGGACUUUUAAUGGGUGCUGUGUGGUUAUUGGUUUUUUGCACUUAUGCUUUGGGAUUUUGGUAUGGAGCUAAACUUGUUCGUGAUGAGAAAUUUUCAAUUGGUGGAAUUCUUAUUGUCUUUUUUUCGAUCAUUACAGCAGUAUUUAGUCUUGGUCAAGCAGCUCCUCAUCUUCAAUCAGUAGCACAAGCUCGAGGUGCAGCUUUCACAUUAUGGCAAAUAAUUGAUACACCAUCAACAAUUUCUAUAAAUAAUUCUAAUGGUGUUAAAAAAGAAGAUUUAAUUGGUGAUAUAAAAUUUACUAAUGUUAAUUUUGUCUAUCCAUCUCGAUCGGAUGUUUCUGUUCUUAAUCGACUUUCAUUUGCAGCUCAACGUGGUCAAACAACAGCACUUGUUGGUUCUUCUGGUUGAUGCGGAACAAUUGUAGUUGGAAAUUUUCAAGUUGCUUUUUGGUCUAUUGCAUGCGAACGUCAGACACGUCGUCUUCGUGAAGCACUUUUUCGAUCAAUACUACAUAAAGAAACUUCUUAUUUUGAUACUAAUAAAACUGGUCAACUUAAUACGAGAUUGACAGAAGAUGUCAAUAAAGUACACGACGGUACAGGUGAUAAAGUUGGUUCAGCUCUACAAUUUUUUUCUGCUUUUAUUGUUGGUCUUAUAAUCGGUUUGAUUAAAGGAUGGAAAUUAACAUUAGUUAUUAUUUCUGUUAGUCCAUUAUUUUUUGUUAGUCCAUCAAAAAUUACAAUAACUAAUUCAAAUGGUAUUAUAAAAGAAGAUUUAAUUGGUUAUGUAAAAUUUUCUGAUGUUCAUUUUGUUUAUCCAUUUCGAGUUGAUGUUCCUAUUCUUAAUGGACUUUCAUCCACAGCUCCUGCUGGUCAUACAGCAGCACGUGUUGACGCAUCUGUUUGUGGAAAAAGUAAAUGUAUGCAACUUAUACAAAGAUUUUAUGAUCCAGUCAAUGGUUCAAUUGAAAUUGAUGGUACUCCUGUUGAUCAAUAUAAUCUUACUUGGCUUCGAUAA